AUGUCAUCCUGCGACAAAUCCCUGAGGCAGCUGGGACUGGAGCUAACUACUGGCCCUAUGGGUAAAACAACUAAGGCCGGUUGGGGCCCCACAACACCAAUACGACCUAAAUGCUAUCAGUUUGAACAACAAACCACAAUCCCCAUUGCUGGUGAAAUCCCCACACAAACCUGCCCUCCAUCCCACUAUGAAGACAGUACGACUUUACCCCCAGACUGCCUCGUAGCACGAUUACUCGUAGUACGGGGUCUCGCUGUUCUUGGUCUGGCUGCUCCCCUUUGGCCUUCCUGGCAUGAUUGCACCUUGUGGAACGAAGUUCCAACCAGUGUAACCCGCGGGAUCGUUGCAGCACUCAAGCCCGACCACCACGUCAAGGUGGCAGCUUUAGAGGACUCAUCGGACACCGAUUGUCUGUAUCGUCUAGUGAGCGUAGCAACUACUCAUGUGCUGACGCGCCCACGUACACGCAAACGGACCUACAUAUGGGGAAACCGAACGCAGUCAGCACAUACAGACUCGCGCGCGCGCAGAGAGCAGGAAUUCAACCGCUCUCCACAAGUCCACGGACAAUUAUGGAACCCGUGUAGCAGUCGCACUGCGGAGAAAAACACGGUCCCGCCGUCCGGACUUUCACCAAGGAACCCUCACAUCGUCCUCACUGACAGCAUAACAUCCGAAUUCAAUAAUGGGGCUUCGAUACCGUACAACCAUAAUUUAUUUGAAGGCAUUAUUGUGAAGGAAAGAAUACACAUAGAUGAAGAGGGCAACGUCAAGUGCCUACAUCUCCAGCUACUCAUUCAGGCAAUCUGGAUAGCAACCGACAACAAACAGAAACUAAAGCCGACUAGCGCCCAUAUCAUGCAGCGUCUCCAACCAUGCACAGGAGGAUUCACUCGAACCCCAUCCUGA